AUGAGCAAUGCAGGUCACCAGUACCAAGGAAGUCAAGGAGGCGACAUCUCCCGCUUCUCCGACUCUGAGAGCGAGAUUGACGAGCUCCGAAUCCGAGAUCGACCGCCGCCCACGCCGUCAAACAAGUCCCCCUCGGACAUCCUGACCAGCUUCUCGCGUGGCUUCGCUAAGCUAAAGCGACAGCCCUCUCAAUUGGUUCUGAAGCACAACAGGGAACAGUCAGCGCCGACUCCGGAGCCAGGAACAUCUUCUGCGCCCAUCAGUGCCUCGAGCCGAUCGCCCGCGCCGCCGAUUCAUCAGCAUGCCCGCAGUCUAAGCUUCCAGAACAGCCUCUCGAAGCCUCUUCCAGAGCCUCCACCACCGAGCCCGGGCACGCCCGUAGCGCCGCAACUCUCUCACCCUCAAUCCCCUCAACCUCGCUCCCCUCAAGGGCCCGCCCAGGCUCCCCAGGGCUCUCCGGCCCCCCAAGGUUCCCCAGCCCCUUCGGCCCCACAUCACCAGCAUCAGAGCAGUCUUGCCACAAUCCUCGACACCAACGACUACAACGACCCAGACCCAGCGAGCGAACCAGAGACGGACAGCCGGACGAGUACCAUGGACUCCAGCAGCUCAGAGGCACACAAUUACAUGGCGGGAGCGGGCGGUAGGCAGAACGGCGGAGAGGAGUCGCAGAAGGACUCCCUGACUCCAAAGAGCGUUGGUCCAAGUUCUGCAGGGCCGUCGCCCAAUGUUAACCAGGCAAGAACACCCGCCAUGGGCGCUGGAUCAUCGCCAGCGUCGGGUCUGCUGUGCAACGUGCACAGGACAACCGGCCGGGAGCCGCAUCCCUUGGUGGGCGCAACCACCACAAUAGUCGGGGACAAGCUGUACGUGUUCGGCGGGAGGAUUCUGUCUAGGAGCCGGCCUACGCCGCUCACUUCGGACUUGUACGAGCUCGAUCUUAUCCGGCGGCAUUGGACAAAACUCGACACAUCGGGAGAUAUCCCCCCUCCGCGAUACUUCCACUCCAUGUGUGCACUUGGCGACACAAAGAUGGUUUGUUAUGGUGGCAUGUCGCCAGCUCAAACAUCCCCGGGAGCCGUCGAUGGCCAAGGCGACGUUACCGUCAUGUCCGAUAUCUACAUAUACGACGUUUCGACGAGAAAGUGGACAUUCAUACCGACCUCGGACGCACCGCAGGGCCGCUACGCUCACUGCGCUUGUGUUCUACCAUCAUCGGCCACGUUUGCAUCUUACAAGGCCCCGCUGUCGGCGCUCCAACACAACCCGUCGACCGGCACCAACGAGGGUCGCAUUGGGAUCAACAUCGAUGGAACAGGCGGCGCAGAAAUGGUCGUAGUCGGAGGCCAGGACGGCGCGAACCACUAUAUUGAGCAGAUAAGCGUCUUCAAUCUUCGGUCCUUGAAAUGGACAUCGACACAACCCCUGGGUAAAUCGUGUGGCGCCUACAGGAGCGUCUGCGCGCCGCUGCCUCCUGCCGUGACUGCAAAGAUCGGCAAGGCGAACACCAACGGGACGCAGCGGUCAGAAAGUGGCAUCAGUCAGGAAGCCCGGGAGCCGGGCUCUUCGAUGCUAAUCUAUUCCAACUAUAAUUUUCUCGACGUCAAGCUUGAGUUGCAAGUGCGGUCGAGCGACGGGACGCUCAGCGAGAAGCCCAUGUCCAACGCGUAUUCGCCACCUGGGCUCAGGUUUCCCAACGGUGGAGUCAUCGACACCUACUUUGUGGUCAGCGGCACAUACCUCACAUCUUCAAAACAGGAAUACGCGCUCUGGGCCCUGGACCUACGGAAUUUGCAAUGGAUGCGGAUCGACGCAGGCGGAAACGUGUUCAAAGAAGGCAGUUGGAACCGCGGUGUGCUGUGGAAUCGCCGCAACACGUUUGUGAUUCUGGGCCAUCGGAAACGGAGUUUGGUUGACGAUUACAACCAUCGCCGGAUCAACUUCACCAACGUGUGCAUGGUCGAGCUGGAGGCCUUUGGCUUCUAUGACAACCCGCGCAAAGUUAGCCCGAUGUCUGGCUUUAUCUCGGCAAGCGGCCCCUACACCGGCCCUGGUUUGAGCCUGGCACGGAAAGCGGGAGCCACCGCCGGAGGUCGGUUUCACUCGAGGGCGAGUGAGGAGCUGGGUGAGAAAGCGUUGGCUAUACGCGAGCUGGCAGACAUGGACAUCCUUUGUAUAGGAGGCGAGAGGAUACCGAUCAACUCGAGGAUAAUAGCGCGACGGUGGGGGCCGUACUUUGUGCAAUUGCUGAGGGAGGGCACCGCGAUGCAGGACGGGAGCGAUUCGGUGACGCUAAGAUCAGUAGGCGCUUCGGGAGGUGGUGUGCGGAGCUCCAUGAUGACCAUCACACCUGCGACGCGGACCAUGUCGCGAGACACAGACAUGUCUACGGCCACCACGUUGGCAGGCUCAUCGUCAGGCGGCAGCUUCUCAGGUCCUUCAGGCAUGGGGCCGUCCGGCGCCACCCCCAGCCAGGAAACGGCCAAUCCAAAUGCCGCACCUACACCUCGCACAAUGCCUCCAAACUCACGCCCUCGCUGCCUCUAUCUUCCACACACCUACCUUACCGUCCAGGCUCUGCUUCACUAUCUCUACACGAGUAGCCUCCCGGCGCCGAGCUCGCCGCUCUGCACUCCUCAGAUACUCUGUUCGUUGCUUCAAAUCUCCCGGCCCUAUCGCAUCGAUGGCCUUCUGGAGGCCAUUGUCGAUCGUCUUCAUACGCUCUUCGAGAAUCGUAAUGCGGCAGCCAUUUUCAACGCCACUGCAAUGGCAGCGGGUGGCGGGCGCGGCAUCGACGGCACGCUCAACCCGAACUACUUCAUCGUGAGUGGCCUCGACUCCGCGGGGAACGACUCCACCACACUCCAGGGUGCCUCGAACGGCACCUCGGGAGAAGACGGGUACGCGAAUGGUGGAGCUGGGAACAGAGCCACUGCAUUGCGCAUCAACACCUCUGUCCCUGGCCAAACUGGACGGCCGCCGUCCGAUGAGCUCUCGGCAACGACGAGCGUCAGUGGGAGUGAAUGGAGUGCCAGCGAGAUAAGUGAUUCCGAGCGGCGGGGCAGAUAUCGCGAGGUGUGGAGCGGUGAGUUUAGCAGUGUCAUCGGACUUCAGAAGCGUGGACUCAGGGGCCUUAUGGAGGGCCCCUACGAUAGCGCAGUCAGUCGUGGGCAGACCGCUGGUCUCCUCGAACAGCUGCCCAGUGCCAGCCAUGUCUUCAAUACCACCAUCGGCAACGUCCCCGGCGGCGCAACCGUCAGAGUCGAGAUGACCUUGCUUGGUGAGCUGAAGCACGAUGCUGAGAUUGACGGCAUCCGGUUUACGAUCCCCACGCCUGUCUGUCCUCGCUACGGAGCCUACCCUGGCGAGCUGGUGCAGAGCCCUACCAACGUGUGCGAGAAGGCCGGUCUCGAGAUCACUGUUGAUGUCGAAAUGCCAGGGGGAGGCGCGCUGAAGACCCUCCGGUCUCCGAGCUAUCCCAUCGCCGUGACAGAGGGCCAGCGCGCUCUCUUGGCAACCUUGGUCCCGAGAUUCAGUCCCGCCUCCUGUCGUCCCGAGAUCGUCUUCAUUUGCGACCGUUCAGGAUCCAUGCGUGGCUGCAAGAUCGACGACCUGAGAUCAGCCAUGCAACUUUUCCUCAAGUCCCUCCCUGUCGGCGUCAAGUUCAAUGUCUGCAGUCUUGGGACCGCGUACACUCCCCUCUUUCCAGAGGGGUCGAUGCCAUAUGAUCAAACGACCUUGGAUGAAGCUGUGCGCCAUGUUCAGGGCUUCAAGGCUGAUCUGCGUGGCACGAACAUCAUACGCCCCGUCGAGGCUGUCUUCAAGAAGAGGUACACCGACAUGAACCUCGAGGUAUUUGUGCUGACCGAUGGGGACAUAUGGGAUCAACAAGGACUAUUUGAUGUCGUAAACAGGGAGGUUCAGGCGAACGACGGCGCGAUCCGCUUGUUCAGUCUUGGUGUUGGCCGGAGCGUAAGCCAUAGUCUGGUUGAGGGCCUCGCGAGGGCAGGGUGCGGUUUUGCACAGAUUGUCGGUGAAAACGAGAGGAUGUAUCGCAGGGUUGUGAGAAUGCUGAAGAACGCCCUGACACCUCAUGUCAGCAACUACACGAUCUCAGUCAAGUAUGCAAAGGGACAGGUGUCAUGCCUCGAAGGCGAUGAUGGCUUCGAUCUGGUCGAUCACAUGCCACGCGAGCAGGAGGAUGUCCAGAAUGAUCCCAUUUGCCUCUUCUACCCCGCCGUCGAUCCAGACGACGCAUUGGGCUCAGCAAUCCCGGACAGAUCCGCCGGCACCCCGGCCGUUUCACCGCCGAAAAUCCUCUAG